AUGGCUGGCGCCGCCGAAGUGUCAAGUUUUACACUGGGUGUGCUGGUGCCAGGUGCCGAAGCUGGCAGAUUGAUCGGGAAACAAGGUUCAGGAUUGAAGCAGAUUCGGGACAUGUCGCAGUGCAAAGUGCAAUUAGGCCAAACCCCAGAUUCUCAAGGGAACAGGAGAUGUGAUAUCAGUGGACCUACCGUCGAACACAUGGCUAGCGCAAUUCAUGCGAUAGGAACCAGGCUUUUCGACAAAGCAGCACAACAAGAGCGUGUGCAAUUGUCUGUUGCUUUUCCCAAUGGUUACGUUGGACGUGUGAUCGGCAAAGGUGGUUCAACCCUGAAGAUCAUCUCCGAUCAGACUGGCGUGGAGAUGAAGGUGCUGAAGGAUACAGUUAGUGACCAGGGGGACCGGGUUGGUCAUCUUACUGGAAUUCCCAACCAGCUCGGAGCCGCCAUCCGAAUUGCGUUGAAUGCGGUGCGGCUCCACAUUGGGCGGUCACGAUUGGGACAAGGGGACAGGGUCAAACGUUUCAGAGAUCAAAUGAUGGUCGUUGAGUUUCUCGUCUCGUCAUGUCGGCUGCAAUUUAGUGGCCUACUUUUUGCGGAAUCUUUUUUUUUCGUAUCUCGGAGGAUGUUGCCAUGCAUGAACAGUGGGAGGGUGGAGUUGUGUCCGGUUUUGGUUGGAGAUUAA